ACGGCGCUUUACGGUAAUUCCUCCCAUGAUGCUUUUCGGUCGGAUGCUGUUUAUGGUUUGCAUUGGUGGUCUGUCUUUUAAUAUCGUAAUGAUUUGAACAGAGCAAAACAUAUUUGUUAAAGAUUACAACUGCGAAACUCGAGUAUUUCUAACGUUAUUAAGAGCUCCAAGUAAUGAGUAAAUGAUGGACAUCAUCAUGAACACUGUUGAUUUUCAGACACAGUUAACAUCCAUAAUGGAAGUGUUGGCCAAAACAGCUGUUGUUGAAAUAGGCAAACUUUUCGAGGAGACUUAUACUUUGUUGGGAUUAGAGAUAAAGCGAUGUACAAACGAAAACGACUCUCUGAGAAAGAAAUGUCUGUUUCUGGAGACUGAACUUCAGGCUGCCCGGGGAAACACCAGCAGGAUGAACGAGACUGAAACUUCAUUAAGCGUCAGCGACGAACCGACAGGAAUUUCCUCAAUUCAGAGAGGUCGCGAAUUUCCAACCCUCGAAAAAUGCACAUCCUGCUGUUCCCUGUACCAUUGUCCAUUCUGUUCUACUGUUUUUUACAAACCCUCGAAAAAAAGUAAAUUGCUGUCUCAUCUUCAGCUUCACUUCUCAAGGGCGGUCAUUCAUGACGAUUAUACUAUACACCGGUGUGGUCUAAGUUGUAGGACAAAAUUACACUACCAUUGUGUGUAUUGUUCUUCCAUUGUAUUCCGACGUGACAACUUUGAAGCCCACCUCAAAGGAUGUAAGAUCCGCAAUGCUUCCUUUACCACCACCACAUCAACCAUCAUUCCUGAUGUGCCACCCUUGACUGCCACUACAUCGACCGCCAAUACAUCAACCACCGUUUUUGAUGUGCCACCCUUGACUGCCACUACAUCGACCGCCAAUACAUCAAACACCGUUCUUGAUGUGGCACCCUUGACUGCCACUACUUCGACCGCUACUACAUCGACCGCCAAUACAUCAAGCAACAUUUUUGAUAUGCCACCCUUAAGUCCCAGUAUGUCCUGUGUGCGAACGCAGCUACGGAAAAAAGCUGUUGUCAAGACCAAAUGCCCUUAUUGCCACAUUACCAUUCUCAGAAAAAAUUUAAGAAAACAUCUGGAGAGGAAACACACCAAAUGUAGGGAAGACAUUACAGCAAGUCAUCACCUUUAUUCUGAAUGCAUAGACCAAUCUGAUGGUGGCAUGAGUCCAUCAAUAAACGACUCAAUGAACGACUGAAUUAAUAAAUAAUAUUUUGAUCACAAAAAAGUUGUCUUUUUCUUAGAUAGCUGAAUGACGGCAGCUAAAUUCUGUAUGACAACUACUGAUCUAUAUAAAUGACUGGAUUGCGCAUUGAAAUGCUUAACAUAAUAGCAAGAAGUGAAGUCACUGUAGAGUUCGAGCGGCCAUUUUGGUAUUCCCAACCGGCAUAGGGGGUAUUUAACUUGCAUUCAAAAUCUUGAUCUCAAUUCACUCGGUUUACAGCGUAUCAGUCACAAGAUAAUUUUUUAGGAUAUGUGUACAUAAAUUAAGUGUUACUUCUAAUGUUAUUUGCAAUGUUUAUGUUUUGAUCGGGCAGAAUAAGAGAUUUAUAGAAAACGUUUGGGUGAGUGUCUGCUGCAUUCUGUUGUAAUGACACGUGUAAAUAAAGUUUUAUGAGCA